AUGGCGGACGGGUAUCUACCUGGGGAUGGGGGAUACAUCUACUCGCCAACAGAACCCUGCUUCAUCUUUCCCCUUUUAAGGGACCAUUGCAAUUCUCCUUAUCUGGACGAUCUCGACAUCGAAGCUCAAAGGCUGCGUGGUGAUGCGAAACCUUUGUGCCCGGAUGAAAGAAGCGCGCUGCUGGAGAAUCCUGCAGACCCCCAACGGCAAGUGAGCAAGAGAUUUGAUUUCGGCUUAAGCAAGUUGUUGGUUGUAUGGUCGUUCUUUGGUGGGAGUUGCUUUGGCCAUGAAGUUGCCGGAAUUCAAGAUAUAGACGAGCUCGAGAGAAAGUAUGAAGCCCAAAGCAGGGAACUCGACGGGGUGCGUCAAGAGAGAGACAAUCUUCAACAAAGUCUCAAGCAAGAGAAGAAGAUCCGUGAGAUGAAUUUGGAGAGUUUAAGAGCAAAACACAAGAAAAUCAUGGAUCAAAAAGAGGCAGAGUGGAGCAAGGCUAUGGAAACUGCUUCAUCCCAGCUUCAAGACGAGCAAUCCAAGGUGGAAGCUAUUUCAUCACAGCUUCAAGACGAAAUAUCCAAAGUGAAGGCUAUUUCAACUCAACUUCAAGAUGCCAAGUCAAAGGUGGAAGCUAUUUCAUCCCAGCUCCAAGACGAAACAUCCAAAGUGGCUCAACUCCAAAAACACAUCGAAAAGAACAAAACAGUCGUCACAAAAGCCCACGAAACCCACGUGUCGUCACUAUCCAAGACCGUUCCAAGACCACUCACAGACGACAUGAUCAAACACGAGCUGAAAUGCUUUUACGAGAAUGACUUUCUCUCAUGGUGCGCAGACUUGGGCUCCAUGGAAGUUCCCGAGCCAGAAAAGGCAAAGCAAAAGCUACAAUCGAUGGGCAUCAUCAAUAACAGCAAAAGUUAUAUGGAAGAGCCGGCCAACCUACAGUUUCCCAUGGAUUUGCCUGAUGGGAGAAGCCCCAUGGUUCUUCUUCAAGCCGUUCUUUCGCUGACUCUUUGCGACGCUUUUCUGACGGAUGCUUAUUUUCUGGCAGAUGGGAUGGAGACAUCGAAAGUGCUAGGCCAGGAUCCUUCAGAUAAUCGCCGGUGGCUCAAGGAGCUCGAGGACAUGCUCUGUAAAGCUGACAAGAACUUGGGCAUCGACUGGCGCAUCCAAACCGUCCAAUCCUUAGAAAAAGCCACACCACUCAAUCUCCAUCUCAUACAAACCAAAGCGAAAACCUUUGUCCAAGACUUCUCCUUCCUCCUCAAACAAGUCGACGCCCAAGCCCUCAACGACCUAUCCCAGCUCUUCCUCGACUUUGGCACCAUGGCGCUCAAGUUCUGGAAGACACGCGCCGUCAUCAAAACACACGGCAUGCCGAGAUUCGCAGAAUACAGAUUCGAUGAUGAAUCCCCUUUUAUCGAGGCUGACGGUGUUGGUUCACCUGCUGCACGGCGGAGUGUACGGGGGCGGCAUGUUGGAGUUGUGGUGAGGCCGCUGAUUGUCUCGGAGCCUCUUGGGCGGCAUGGUGAAGCGGGCGGAGAGGUUGUGUGGCUUAAAGCUGCAGGUUGGGUGUCUGAUUUUGAGGAGGUGGUCGACACUCCAGCGCAAAGUAAGAUUGAUGAUGGUGAUGGUGGUGACGACGAGGAUAUGAUGAGGAUGAUGAUGACAAUGAUGAUGAGCAUGACAUUGUAG